GUCCGAUUACGCACUUCCGCCCUGCCUAUCAUCCUACCUGCAAUGGCGUUUGGAACAAUAUAAUUGUGAUAUUUUGAAGAGGAAGUAAGGUUAUUGAUAAAAGCUAUAACUAAUGCAGUUCAUCACACACAAUGGCGAGUUACAAAGAGCUGUUUCACGAAAAGAAAAACCAAAACUGGUUAAAAGCGUCAGUUGCUGUGGACAUAACGAAAAACGGGCUUAUACCUUUUGUUAUGAACAUAGUGACAUUGAUGCACCAAGCUAUUCGUGCAAACGUUGAUAAAACCAACAAAUUAUCACCGGGGGCAACAUGCAACUCGUGCCAAACACCAAAUGUCCUGAAGUGUAGAACGAAAGGUGUUUGUGCCGGUAAAACGUGCAAGUUUCACCAACAUUUACCGUUCGGAAAUUGUCCUACAAAUAUAUGUAAUGACUUCAAGAAAGGUAUCGAAGACCAUCACAGAUUCAAAGGUCCGUCUUGGAAAAACACAAAUGCAAGUGACUGGUGCACAAAUCCAUGGGAAGUCGCAAAGUGCUUCUAUCCACCAGACGGCUACUUUAAUGUAAAGACAGCAGCUGAUACAGAUAUAAAUGGCAUCAUUAGUCUCAUCAUCAAUUGCACAUUCUUUGACAAUUAUUUGACAGACGAUCUCACUAAAAAAACAAAUGUCUGCACGCAGGUGCGAGAAGUCGGGAAAGGACUUCGCCAUUCACCAAGUCUGAUGUUAACUGAUGAUGAAUUAUCAAAUUGUAUAAAUGCACUGAAACGUCUUCUGCAAGACAACAAGUACUUAGCGUCUGACCAAAAAGCAAAGGAUGCCCUCGUAAAACUGACACUGUUGAGGGUAUCAACAGAUGAUCUUGCAAAUGUUAUUAGCAAUGCUAUAUCAACAACAAGAGAAAUGCUCAACACAGAAAACAAUCUCCAAGAGAAAAUGCAAGAGCUUAAGGCAUUACAGCAGCAUUUUCAAACUGUAGCAGAUGAAGUAGUUCAGAGGAUUGCAAAAGCUAGACAAGAGUAUGACCUGGAACAUUACAGUUCAAAAUCAGCGGCUCUAAAACAAGAUCUGCAAAACCAUUAUUUGGAAAGUUGUUCUGCACUCGACCUUGGACCGAUGUUCGAGAUGAAAAGUCCAAACUUGGUUGACGUGUACAUUCCUCCUAAACUGAGUAAAUCAACAGUUAUCAAAUGUCCAUAUAAUAAAAUAGUUCAUUUCGAGAUAACAAAAUUGGAUGAAGUUUUUCGAAAUACGGGAUACAAGGCAAAACACAUUUACAUCACCGCUAAAGCUGGGGUAGGGAAAUCAACAUUUUGCAAGUUCAUUGUGCGCUUAUGGUGCGCCUUUCAACGAAAUGAUAAAGAUGCUAUAAAAAGCCUGAAGUCAAGAGGAGCGGGUGCAUAUUUGAACAAUUGCGAUGAACUAAAAAACGUACAGUACGUUUUCUAUGCGCGUCUUUCACAAUCCAGAUCAAUACUUUGCGAAAUGGACGAAAUUGUUUUUGAACAGGUUAUAAGACGGUUAUCGAUGUCUGAGAAUUAUGAUAAGAAAUUUCUUCAAGCAGUACUUGGCAAGGAACGAUGUCUGGUGAUAUUUGAUAGCUUGGAUGAAUGGUGUCACCCGGACGUGAUGAAUACACGUUGUUUUGCAGAAGAUAAAGAGUCACCACAUGAAAGAAACAGAGAGAAAUGUACCGUAAUGAUAGCAUCGAGACAUUGGAAGCUCGGGUUGCCGAAAAUGCAUUCAAAAAAGUCAAAUUUAUGUGUGGAAAUAGAAGAAUUGGAUGGCACAAACAUACAAUCGCUUGUUAAACAAGCCUUUACUCUCAUAGUCGGCGAUUCCGAGCAGACAAAACCUAUUGAAGAAUUAUUUCGAUGGAUUGACCAAAAGGGUCUAGAUCAUUUACUUGGCAGUACCCUUGUUGUUUGGCAGUUGCUCUUUUUGUGGCAUGAAGGCCACUUACUCGGCGAGUCCAAAUGCCAGGUUUAUUGCAAUGUCUUAGAAAUGAUGUUUACCAAAGUCUUAAAAAAAUAUUCUCGUGUACAGCACUUUGCUGCUGUAGAUCACCCACAACCAGACACGAUAAAAUGCUUACAAACUCGGACUCAUUGCAUGAUGUUCCAAGAGUACAUACGAAACCUCGGCAAAAUGGCGUUUUAUUCACUCUUUGAUGUCGAAACAUUGGAUGACCAAAUGGAAAGUAAUCUCCCUAAAAGCCUUGGCACUAGCCACAAAGAGGAACUUGGACUGCUAGCCGGACUUCUGUCGAAAACACAAGUUCACGCUUCUUCAGUAAAUCCACGAUAUGAGUACAGCUUUCUCCACAAAACCUACCAUGAAAUGUUAGCUUGCGUAUACAUUGCAUCUGUGUCGUACAAUAGUGAGGAACAUGAACGCAUCGUUGAGACAAUAAAGAAUUCAGGCCAGACAUUUUCGCUCGACAUGAUGCAGUUUAUUUGUGGAAUGCAUGAAACUUGGUCAAAAGAAAUGUUUGAAAUAUAUUGUGAUAUGCAAACAACAAUGCUUUGUCGAGGAUCAUAUAUUGAACUUCCAGCUGUAAAAGUCUUUCAUAAAAACUGUCUGAAUAUCAUUAAAGAAUUUGGAGCAAACAAAACCGCUACUAUGAAAAUGCGCAGUUUACUACUAGAUUCAACAUACAACUACGGUAGCAAAAUUUCAACAAAAGAGUUUGGUGAGAUAUCGUUCAUGGCUUUGAAAGUUAAAAAACACAAACAAAGAGAUAUGUUUGACGGUGUUCAAGAUAUCGUGGGGCAUUGCAAAAUGAAACUGAAUUACCUAAGUAUUAAAAACUACGAUGUGGAUAACGCUAUACCGUGUCCAAUUGCAUCUAAAACCAUGCAAUCGUGUAUAAACCUGCACACACUUAUCCUUCGAAACUUAACAAUCGUUGGUGAGCUAGAUCUUACUGGUUGCAGCCUUUUGUCAAUUCUAGAUUUAUCACUACCAAAAGAAGGGGAACACGUCAGAUUGAUUAUAUCACCAAAACGGUUAAGACAGUGUUCCAUAAGUAUUGACGAUUUUGUUGUUUCUUAUACUAUCAACAUCAAGUGCACGUGCCCGUUUAAUUCAGAAUUACUGGAAGGGCUUUUCCUUUGGAAUGUCAAACUUGAAGAUAAUUUACGUCUUUUAGAUUGUGAACAGUUGCAAGUAUUAGCUUUAAUUAACGUUAACACAAGAAAUAUUACUACAUGUUUCGAAUACGGCAAAUUAAUUUUUUGUUGCCUCGGAGGUUUUACUUAUCCAGCUGCCAUGAAGGGUGCACUGCAAUCGCUACAGUAUUCGCAAAAUUUAAACUUUUUGAGUAUAUGGUAUUUGAAUGAUAGUAUUACUACAAGUCUUAACAAAACGCUUUUGUCGUUAGAAAACAUUGAAGAGAUUCAAUUGUUUUUUUCUGAGUCCAUUAUUAGGGAUCUACAGAUACCAGUGAGUGUCAAAACAUUGAGUGCCAGCGCGAUUUUCAUAUCAGCAGACUGUUUAAUAAAGUUGAUAAACACUUUCAAGGCCAGUCACGCAGAAGUGGAUUUCGAUUUGAGCGAAUGUUUUGUUUCCCCUUGUGAUGAGGUAACGAUCGAAAACAUUGUUAGGGAAAUAAAACAAUGCAAUCAGUGUGUUUUAAAUGAGGCGUCGUUUCCAUGCGAGGACGAGAUGGAGGAGGAAAGUGUAUUUGGUUUCAAAAUGAACGUGAGGAAACUAGAUUUUAAAAUCACGAGAGGAAGACAAGACGAAUGACAUUGAUUUUUUACGAUUUGUUCACACAAAGACUCAGUAGCUUUAUCACAAAAGUAACGAACAUAUAUCAUAACGUUAACGGAAAGUUUACUUGGAACUUUCAUAAAUGUAUUCUGAGAUAAUGUGAUAAGAGUACAGUUUAAGGAAACGUUCUCCAAAAUGGUUUAAUAAACAAAGGCCUGUUGUUAAUAUGUAUCUACAAUUAUGUAUAAUACAGUUAUAGUGUAAUAAACAGAUAAAAAUG